GAAUGGUUCCUUCCAGUGACGGUCACGGCAGUAACAGCAGCGCGUGGCAAAGAGACAGAGAAACAAGCACCGUGAAUGAAGAUUAACGACACUUUCUGGGCUGGAUUAAACUUCUCUGUCCGUAACAGCUGCCUGUAGUUUAAUUCAGAUUAUCUCUGAACCGGAGCAGUCGGAGAAAACCCGUCAAAAAUCCACCAAACGAGAUGCCUCAUCGGAAAAAGAAGUCGUUCAUAGAGAAGAAGAAGGCGGUGACCUUUCACCUGGUGCACAGGAGUCAGAGAGAUCCUCUGGCAGCAGAUGAGACGGCGCCGCAGCACGUCCUCCUGCCGGCCGCCAAGGUGGAGGUGGAGAAGAGGCGCGAGGAGCAGAGGAACUUUGGUGUUUUCUUCGACGAUGACUACGACUACCUGCAGCACCUGAAGGAGACGGCGCCCACGACUGAGCUGGUGGCGUCCAGCUUUCCAAACACAAGCAGACUUCCUGUUCAGGUCAUCGACGAAGACGAGCUGAAUGAGGAGGAGGAGGAGGAUGACGUGGCCAAAGCCUCUCCUGCGUUAAACAUCCAUCUGCCGUCGUCUGUGUUCGCCUCAGAGUUUGAGGAGGAGGUGGGACUUCUGAACAAAGCCGCUCCCAUCUCAGGUCCACGUCUGGACAUGGAUCCCGACAUCGUGGCCGCUCUGGACGAAGACUUUGACUACAACGACCCCGACAACGUCCUGGACGACGACUUCAUCGUCAAAGCGAACAGCUCGGCGCCGCUCGUCGUCCGAGGAGACCGCGGUGAAGAGGACGAUGACGAUGAGUGGGAGGAGACGGACGAGGAAGACGACUGUGACUCUGAGGGAGGAUUCUCGGGCGAGGAGGGCGACGUCUGCGGCCGCGAGUUUCUCUUUGCAGACGAGGAGACGAAGAGUCGAUUCACAGAUUACUCCAUGACGUCGUCGGUGAUGAGGAGGAACGAACAGCUGACGCUGCUCGACGACCGCUUUGAGAAGUUUUUUGAACAGUUUGACGACGAUGAGAUCGGCGCUCUGGAUAACGCAGAUCUGGAGGGUUACAUUAACCCGGACAGUGCUCGCCUGGACCAGGUCAUUGAAGACUACUUCAGACAGAAGGCCAGAGAGCGUCUCAGACCUGAAGACCUGGGUCCUAAGGAGCUUCCUGUUGUGAUGGAGGAGGAAGAGGAGGAGGAAGAGGAGAUGGAAACUGUGGUUAUCGAGGCUCCAGAAGAGAAGUGGGACUGUGAGACCAUCAUCAGCACAUAUUCCAACAUAUAUAACAGACCUAAAGUAAUUGAAGAACCUCCAAAGCAGAAGCCGAUCCGUGUGUCCUGUAAGACGGGCGUCCCACUGGACGUCCUCCCCGCCAGAGGUCUGACGGCCAAACAGGCGGAGCGCAUGACGAGGAUCAACGACGGCGACCUGCCGCGCUUCUCCACCCAACCCCGAAGUAAAGAGGAGAGCAGCGGCGAGAGGAGGAGCAGGAAACAGGCCAUCAAAGAGGAGCGCAAGGAGCGGAGGGUGGAGAAGAAAGCAAACAAGGUGGCGUUCAAAGAUGAGAAGAUGCGACAGGAGAAACAGAUGCUGAGUCUGAGAACAAACAUUCAAGGCCUGAAGCUUUAGCCGCCCGCAGGUGGCGCUCUCCGCCCACACAGACUCUUCUCUUUUCUUCUCUUUAAACAACUGUGAGUAAAGACUCUGCUCACAGGCCACGCCCCCCUCACGUCGCCAGUAAGUUUCGUUCUGGCUGAAGUAAAAAAAAAGAACAAAGGUGAACUUUUAUCAGCAGUAAAGUGGCUCCGCCCCCCGUCAUGUGACUUUGAAAUCCAGCAGUAAUAAAAGCUGUUAUUGAACAUGAA